AAACCGACGAGAUUCUCGCAGGAACAUCUGAUGCGCACCAUCAUCGUUCCAUCACCUUACGUCUAUGCCGCUGUCCGUUGGCCACGGGUGGAGACAACAAUGUUAGGAACAUGUGAUACUCAACUAAACAGUUGCAACUUUGGGAUUCUUUCAAUGCACAAUAUUCUCAAACCCUUUCCGGGUCCAUAAAAACAUGUUUGGUAGUAAUGGAGUUAAGUUAAACCCAAAUUCAUUGUAGACCAAUGCCCCACAAUAAGUUUGAAUGAUAAGAAGCUACAGAAAACAACUUAACUGAUAGACUGGAAGGCCCAGUUGCUAUAACAUAUCUAUAAAGCUGGGAGACAGCAGCAAGAUGCUGUCCUCUACAGACAUUGAUUCACUGACCAGUGUGAGGAGGAGUCUGGUCCCUCAGAUGUCUUGAUGAAGGCACUGCUCUGACGGAGACGUGAGUCCUAAAAGGCGGACAAGUGCGACACUGUCUCCUCCUGCUUUUGGGUAGCCUUUAUAUUCUGUGUAGUAGGAUCUCCCCAUUGCCCCCUAAAGCCUCAAGAUGGGCCCAUUCUUAGACUUCAACCCUUUUGAUAACCUGCUGUGCAUUCUCUUGGGCAUCUCCUUCACUGUGUGGUUCACCCUACUGCUCGUCUUCAUCAUCGUGCCUGCCAUCUUUGGAGUGUCCUUUGGCAUUCGCCGGCUCUACAUGAAAACCUUACUGAAGAUCUUUGAGUGGGCCACGCAUAGAAUUGAAAGAGGAGCCAAGGAUAACAACCAUCUCUUGUACAAGCCCUACUCGAAUGCCAUCAUUGCCAAGGAGCCCACCUCCCUGGAGGAGGAGAUUAAUGAGAUCCGGCGCCGUGGCAGUAACCGGGACCUGGACUCCGCUUCUGAGUUUGAGAUGUCUGACAUCUUCUACUUCUGCCGGCGAGGAGUGGAGAGCAUCAUGGACGACGAGGUGACCAAGAGGUUUUCUGCUGAGGAGUUGGAGUCAUGGAACCUGCUGACCCGUAGCAACUAUAACUUCCAGCACAUCAGCCUGAGGCUGACGGUCCUGUGGGGGCUGGGGGUGGUGAUCCGCUACGGCUUCCUGCUGCCUCUCAGGGUAACUCUUGCCUUCACCGGGGUGGGUCUUCUCGUCGUUCUCACCUCCAUCAUCGGGUUUCUUCCAAAUGGGAGGAUGAAGAACUUCCUCAGUGAGCAGGUGCAUCUGAUGUGUUACCGUAUCUGUGUUAGAGCGCUCACUGCCAUCAUCACCUACCACGACAGUGAAAACAAGCCCAAGAAUGGAGGGAUCUGUGUGGCCAACCACACCUCACCCAUCGACGUCAUCAUCUUGGCCAGUGAUGGCUGCUAUGCAAUGGUUGGGCAAAUCCAUGGUGGUUUGAUGGGCGUAAUCCAGAAGUCUAUGGUGAAAGCAUGUCCACACAUUUGGUUUGAACGCUCUGAAGUCAAAGACCGACAUCUAGUGGCCAAAAGAUUAAGUGAUCAUGUAGAAGACACAACUAAACUUCCUAUUCUCAUUUUCCCCGAAGGCACCUGCAUCAACAACACUUCAGUAAUGAUGUUUAAAAAAGGCAGCUUUGAGAUUGGCUCCACAGUCUACCCUGUGGCCAUCAAGUACGACCCCCGCUUUGGCGAUGCCUUCUGGAACAGCAGCCAGUUUGGGAUGGUCAACUACUUGCUGAGGAUGAUGAGCAGCUGGGCCAUUGUGUGCAGUGUGUGGUACCUGCCACCCAUGACCAGAGAGGAAGGAGAGGAUGCAGUCAAGUUUGCCAGUCGGGUCAAAGCAGCUAUCGCCAGGCAAGGAGGGCUGGUGGACUUGCUAUGGGAUGGCGGUUUAAAGCGAGGGAAAGUAAAAGAUACAUUCAAAGAGGAGCAACAAAAGUUAUACAGCAAAAUGCUAGUGGGAACCCAAGAGGACCGCAGUCGUUCUUGAAGUGAAACGUACAGAGUACGAGAUGAUCAGAGACCCACCUGUGGACAACAGAGUGGACAGUCUUCUGCACCCUUAAGGAUUUUUUUGACCUGGAAUACUCCAAACCUCAUGUCAGGAAUUCUUCACUUGGCUUCCUUGGUCAGUGCCUCAGCUUGGCAUAUUAAGUUCUUAUUGCUGUUUCAGCCCAUUCUGGUCACUGUCCUCUGAUUCUAAUGAUUUGACAAUGGACUGGCCACUACUGCACCAGCCUGUCAUGAUGCUGUGCACUAAGAGUUCUCUCACCAUCAGGGAAGAUAACACACUCUAUUUUGAGUGACUAAUAUAUUUAUGACCUUCGUUGAGUUAAUGUAUAUGUUUUGUUUUUAUCCGGUCUCUCUGUUUAUUGUUAAUAGUAUUAUGACAGUUAUCAUAAUUGUUCUUUAAGUUACAAGUGAUCUGCCAGGGGACGUAGCAGUGCAGCAUAAAGAAUUAUUGGAGAGCUUGUACUGAAGGGAAAAUCUGUGACCAUGUUGUUCCCAACAGACUGAGAUGGCAAGGUACUACGUGAAUGUUUCUAAUACUUUUUUAAUUGUUUUUUUUUCAACGAAAACCUUUUUUAUUUUAAGCAUUGUAUUCACGUGUAAAAUAUAGGAGUUAUGUUAAAGUGGA